AAACGAAGGGCACGAGCAAAAACAGGACACGGAAGAGGACUGGAGCGGCGCAGAAUCGAAUAAACGUAGGAUCUUGAAAGUUGUGGUUAUUUCCAACCCUAUCGAGUUCGUUUAUAACGGACGGUUCAUGAAUGCUCGAAUCUAUUAAAGAGGUUAAUUCACAGAAAGAAGACCGUGGAGGGUGGGCAGAUUUAAACUGCUAUGAGGAUUCUCAAAUUCUUCAAGGGGUACAGUUGCAGAACUCUAUGAACGCUGCCUGCUGUGUGACGUUGGCUUUGUUUGAAGAAGUUGCAUGAAACUGGUAAUUCCCACUCUGGGCCAGACAUGUCUGUGAUAGUGGGAGAGUGGCGGUUCAUAGCCCAGAGGGUCACCAGAAGCAUCACCUACUACUACACUAGCCGGACACCAGGGGGUGAUAACCCAUUCCUCUCUCUUCCCACCAUCUCCCCCAACUCCUCCCAUCUAGACGCUCCUUUUCCCUCACCCUCCCUCUCCCCCACCUCCUCCCAUCCAGACACUCCCUCACCCUCCCUCUCCCCCACCUCCUCCCAUCCAGACACUCCCUCACCCUCACCCUCACCCUCCCUCUCCACCCCCUUGCUCCCAGACAUGCCCUCUCACCACAACGUUUCCUCAGUUCUCACCCCUUCAUUUUCGGAUGUACCAACCCUCUCUACAUCCUCGCCCACCUCCUCCCCCCGUCCCCUCCUCCUGCUUUUCCCGUGGCUGGGCGCCCGACCGGGGGCCAUGGCAAAGUACCGGGACCUCUACCUGGAGCGCGGCCUGGACAUCCUAUCUGUGGAGAGCACUGUGUGGCACUUCCUGUGGCCUCGCUGGGGGCUGGAGUAUGGGGCUGAGGUCCUGGAGGUCCUGGGAGACCCGCGUUUCAAAGGUCGCCCCCUUCUGGUCCACGCCUUCUCCAUCGGUGGGUACACCUUCACCCAGCUGCUCAGCCAGAUGGUCAGGGAGCCACACAAGUACCCAGGCCUGGCCCAACGGGUCGUAGGACAUGUCUAUGACAGCAUGGUGGUCGGGUCGCUGGAGCAUAUGGCUAAAGGCCUGGGUCUGACCCUGUUCCCUCGUAUCGAGCCCCUGGUGCGAUACACUGCUCUGCUCUACUUCUGGCUCUUCAAGUCCCAGACGGUGUACUACUACGACAAGUCAAUCCAGGUCUUCUACAACAGCCCCGUCACCGCCCCGGCGCUCUUCUUCUUCUGCGAGAACGAUGCGCUGUGCGACCCCGUCGCCAUGGAGGCGAUCCUCGACUUCUGGAGGAAGCAGGGUAUUGUUGUGGAAACCAGGAAGUGGAAGGAGUCUGUGCACGCUGCUCAUCUACGCUGUCACCCAGAGGAGUAUCUCUCCACACUGGGGAAUUUUUUUCACUCGCUCAACAUCGCCCCCCUCAGGGCUAAGCUGUAAAUGGCUCAUGUGCUAAUCACAGUGGAGGGGCUUCAUCAUUCAAUAAAGCCUACAUACUCAUGUGCCAAAGCAAAUGUUAUAACAGAUGUUAUAACAAAAUUAUAACACAGUGUAGUCAUGUAGCAUGUAAACUUUUAUCCAUAGAAACUUGUUUGACACAUACUCAGCAUAUGGGUCACGAGGGAAUCAAACCCUCAACACACUAGUUUUACUUCCCUGUUGCUAUAAUAACAACAUAUCCGAACCUAACUCCUAGCAUGUGUUUUGACUGUGCUACGUAUUAUCUAUUUGUACAGAUAUAGGAUCUUAAUUUGACCUGCAUUGUCGUAGCAAAAUAAUGAAUGUUUAGUCCAUAAUGUUUCUUGAUCAGUGUUCAGGCUAUUAAAAGUUGGCAACAUUAAAAGUGCAGUACUGUUAAUAUAA